AUGAAUCGCGAGUGCGUGGCAGUCCCAGAGCUUUGGGGAUAUGGGAAGGACAAGCAACUACUAGAAGAGUGUGUCCCUUACGGCUAUAUUAUGUACACCGCAUGGAAGUCGAUGCCUGGCUCUUCUCUUGAUCCUCAGAUGUUCUGGCAGGAGGGAAAUCGCCGAUAUCGCGAUCAUGUCCGUACUGCUUUCGCCGCGGCCUAUAAUAUCGGCGGCAACCAGGCUUAUAUGGCCUAG